ACGCAUGCGUAACGUCACGUAUCUUGUAAACUUGCAUUUUAGACGUAAGCUUUCAUUAAUUUACUUUAAUAUUUAAUCAACAAAAGUGAGGAUUCAUUUUGUAAAGGUUAAAUUUAGAGAAUGGCUCAAAUUCCAUCAGGAUUAGUUUCACAUUCAAGAAAAAUAUGUAACUUUUAUAAACGUGUUAUACGUCAUAUAGAAAGCACUAACCACAUAUUUGAAGAAGCUAGAUAUAAAGCAGUUCUCAUAAGACAUGAAUUUGAUAAAAAUAAAAAUAUAAAAAAUGUUAUUGUUUCAAAAGAUUUAUUAAACAGAGCGGAAGAAAAAUUACGUAAUGAUGUAUUCUACGACUAUAUUCAAUUUCCUCAAUCACCCAAGGGUGUUGCAUAUUGUAGAGAUGAACCUCCACCAGAUUGGGUCUUAGAUUAUUGGCAUCCAAUGGAAAAAGCUAUGUAUCCAAAAUACUUUGCACUACGGGAACAAAGAAAAAUAGAAUAUGAAGAAUUUUACAAAAAAGAAUAUGGAGAACAAGUUGAAAAUGUUGAUAAUACCAAGCAUUAG